GCUACAUUCCUUUCCUUGAAGAAACAGGUUACCAACCUCGCCACAAAUACUCGUACGGCCAUGAGAUCAGACGCCAGAUUGAGCGAAGCGCCGACCACUUUGGGAUUCGGGGUCAGUUCGUGGGGGACCCAUCGACGUCAACGACAUUCACUGUAUACGCCGAGUUUAUCAUGAUGUCCAGUGCUCCUUUCAUACUACCAAAGAUGCCUGACCUUCCGGGAUUCGAAGACCUUCACCGAAAGAAACACGUGUUUCAUUCCGCUCGCUGGGACUACGAGUAUACCGGCGGGACUCAAGAGAAACCUGAUCUGGAAAAGCUCCGAGGAAAGCGUGUCGCGAUUAUUGGCACUGGGGCAACUGCUAUCCAGAUUGUACCUGAGCUGGCAAAGUGGGCUGACCAGGUAUAUGUUGUGCAAAGGACAGCGACGCAUGUAGGGCCCCGCAACCAAGCGGAGACUGAUCCAGAGUAUUGGGCCAAGAUGACGAGCGAGAAAGGAUGGCAGAAGAAACGGAGGUUGGCAUUCGACGCGUACGUCAGUAACAGCAAGGGAUAUGGCCCUGAUCUGGUAAACGAUGGCUGGACGGCGACUCCGGCCGGAUCUGGCUUUCUGGGUUCCAAGUCAAAGCUUGUCGCUCCCAAUGAGGUCGAAGAGCAUAUCAAGGACCUUUAUACGCUAGAUCUUCCGCGCACUGAGUCCCUGCGAAAACACGUCGACAAGAUUGUCAAAGACAAACAUACUGCCGAAAAGCUGAAAGCAUGGUAUGGAAGCUGGUGCAAGCGGCCUUCCUUCCAUGAUGAAUAUCUCCAGACUUUCAACAAGCCCAACGUUACGUUGAUCGACACGGACGGCAAAGGUCUCGAUCGAUACACCGAAAACGGUAUUCAAUACAACGGCAUCGAGUACGAGAUCGAUGCUCUCAUUCUCGCUACCGGAUUUACGGUUGAUCCAGACCUGGACCCCUCUGAGAAGAGUCGUGUUAUUAUCAAGGGACGCCAAGGGCUCACAAUGAAGGAGUAUUGGCAUUCUUCCGAUGCUGGAACAUUCUUGGGCGUCACGAUGCCGGGUUUCCCCAAUCUUUUCGGCUUCUUCCGUGGUGGGUCGGCUUCGUGGAACCAUACGUCAAGCAUGGAUAACGAGGCUACGCUCGUUGCCAGCAUCGUGGCUAAGGCGCAAAAGCAGGUUGGCGGUCAAGGCCAACGAUUCGUUAUCGAACCUUUGAAGGAGGCGGAACACGAGUAUGGUCUCGAAGUUGCGAAGAGAGCAGCCUGGUUCGCCGCCAUGUCUUCAUGUACGCCCGGCUACUUCAAUGGCGAAGGCAUGGCAACCCUUAAGAGUAAAGAACCAAAGACCCAGGAGCAGCGUCUUCAGCAAGGGAAGAAGGCAAACUGGGGUGGUGGGCCGGUGGAUUAUAGAGAGAUGGUUGAGGAUUAUGCUGCCAACAAGAAUCCUCAAGGCUUUACUAUUGAGGUAGUUUCGGCGCAGGCAUAAGGAUUGUAGUGUAGAUUUGCUUGUGUAUGAGGAGCCGUGUGCAACAAGUGCGAUA